UGGGGACCUCAGUCGAUGAGCUGAGGCGAUGGGCUCCGAGGCCACGCAGCUAGUGGAGGCUGCCGACUUCGCAGCUCGCAAGCACCGACUGCAGCGGCGGAAGGACCCCGAAGGGACACCCUACAUCAACCACCCUAUCGGUGUGGCUCGGAUCCUGACCCAUGAGGCGGGAGUCACUGACAUUGUGGUGUUACAGGCCGCGCUGCUCCAUGACACAGUGGAGGACACAGACACCACCCUGGAUGAGGUGGAGCUGCACUUCGGGGCACAAGUGCGGCGCCUGGUGGAGGAGGUGACAGAUGACAAGACUCUGCCCAAGCUGGAGAGAAAGCGGCUGCAGGUGGAGCAGGCUCCCCACAGCAGUCCCGGGGCUAAACUGGUGAAGCUGGCAGACAAGCUGUACAAUCUGAGGGACCUGAAUCGCUGCACCCCAGAGGGAUGGUCUGAACAUCGAGUCCAGGAGUACUUCGAGUGGGCAGCGCAAGUGGUGAAGGGGCUUCAGGGAACAAACCGACAGCUGGAAGAGGCUCUAAAGCGGCUGUUUAAGGAGCGGGGGCUGACACUCUGAGCAGUGCUUGCAGCCACCAGGUGGCCCAGACUUCAGCCUCCUCUGGCCAGAAAGGAAUCAUAUUCCAACCUUUUGGUGCCUCUGGAUCUCACUCCCUGAUUUAUUCAGCCCAGAUAUCUCUCAAUGUUUCCUGCCAACUAAGCUGAGCCCUGGAUUGAGGAAAUCAGAUGCAGCUCAUCCAUUUCUAACGCAUUUACUGCCCUUUCUCCUUGGGUCUCUUUGCUAUUUUGCAUGGGCCAAAACCCUGCCCCCCUGCCCCCCCCCCCCCGGGGACUUGGGCUUAUAUAAACACUCGUUCAUAAGUCAUGGAAAAUAAAACAUUUUGGGUAAAGGUUUAA